CUCACACAUGUCAAAAUCACCUGCGAAGGAAAAACUGAACGCAGGAAAAGUGGAAAAUUCAGUGUUAAUUCGUGUUUUUGGGUGAAAAAUGCGCUUACGACAGCCUUCGUCGACACUGUAAGCAUGUUAAACUGUUUCAAAAUCACACAAUUAUGCAGUAAUCGAACCACAGUAUUGACACGAAUCGUUCCACUGCGAAAGUAUGUACAAAAAAUAUCGCCUCGCGAGGCUGCCGUUGCCCAAACGUUACCCAACACGGAAGAAGAUGUAAUUCCACCAAAAACGACACUCGAUGGCGCAGAUCCCUCUAUCGCGCUCAUGACAUCGCGCAACUUCAAGCCGACUGUAACGUUGCUGGUUGAAAACCCGCCCGCGAUUAACAAAGUGCCAGUAUUCAAUCCGGAUGACGUCACGAUCUCACAAAAACCCUUAAAGCCCGUGAAAGGUGCGGAAAUGGCAUGGCGCGUUCAUCCAGCGACGGAACAAAAUAAAUUGAAGCAAUACAUGAUGUUGUCGAAAAUUCGUUUGACGUCACUCGUCGUGAUUACUUCGAUGGCUGGAUAUGCCGUCGCACCGGCAGCGUUUGAUCCAACGACUUUUGUGAUGUGUUCCGUGGGCACGGGACUUCUUUCGGGCGCCGCAAAUUCAAUAAAUCAGUUUUUUGAGGUGCCCUUCGAUGCGCAAAUGUCUCGUACGAAGAACCGGGUGCUCGUUAAGGGAUAUUUGACGCCGUUGCAUGCCGUUGGGUUUGCGACAGUAGCUGGUGCCACGGGAAUUAGUCUCCUGUAUUACGGUUGCAAUGGACUGACAGCGGCUCUGGGGGCGACGAAUUUGGUGCUUUAUACGAUGAUUUAUACGCCCAUGAAGCGGUACAGCAUCCUGAAUACGUGGGUCGGAUCUAUCGUGGGAGCGAUUCCGCCGAUGAUGGGAUGGGCAGCAUGUGCUGGGCAACUUGGCGGCGGUGCGUGGAUCAUGGCAGGACUCCUUUAUGCAUGGCAGUUUCCGCAUUUUAAUGCGUUAUCGUGGAAUUUGAGACCGGAUUACUCGAGAGCCGGAUAUCGCAUGAUGGCAGUUACGGAUCCCGCGUUAUGUCGUCGCGUCGCCUUACGUUAUACAGUCGCGAUUACGGGAUUAUCGCUCUUAGCACCUGUUUUAGAUGUCACAAAUCAAUGGUUUGCAUUGGAAACGCUACCACUUAAUUGCUAUUUCACGUAUUUAGCAUGGAAAUUCUACCAAAAAUCCGACAGCGGCAGUUCGAGAAAACUUUUCAGAUUUUCGUUAUUGCAUCUCCCGUUACUGAUGGUGCUAUUUUUGGUCAACAAGAAACGUUGGAUAUUCAGUGAAAAUAAAGCUGUUACUCCAGAAGCCAUCGCUGCAACGGCAAUCACGGCAGAAAUAACGAAAAAAUCGGAUGUGGAUAUUUUUCCAGAUAUUCUUCUGCAAAAACAAAAACUAUAAAAAAAAUAUUUCCUUAUAUAAGAAGUAUUUUCCCGCCCCCGCUAAAUAAUUACUUAUAUUUUUUUUAGAUAAAAUGUAAAAUUAGAUGAAAUUUUUAAAGAAGGAUUUUCUUGACAUUUUAUUUAAUUUAAUUUAAAAAAAUAAUAAUUUUUAAACAAUAGUGUUGAAAAAAAAAUCAUAUUGGUUCCUCCUGAAAAGUUCGAUUAUUCGAUGCCCGUAAACAAAGUAAUAAAUAAGUAAAAAAAAUGUACAUAACUUAAAUAUUUAAAAAAAAAACGAAGGAAAUUAAAUAAAAUGAUGCUUGGUGAGAACAUCAAAAA